AUGGCUGGGUGCUGGCUCGGGCCCCUCUGCUGCCUCAUGGCGUCUCUCCUGCCUGCAGCCCUGAGCACCAACAGAGGAGAAGUUUGCGACUGCAACGGGAUGUCCAGGCAGUGUGUCUUUGACUGGCAUCUCCUGAGGGAGACUGGGAACGGGUACCGCUGCCUUGGCUGCCUGGGCAACACGGAGGGUGCCCACUGCGAGCGCUGCAAGGAGGGCUUCUUCCGCCAGCGGGAGGAGGACUGCUGCCUGCCCUGCCGCUGCCACCCCCAGGGUGCCCUCAGCCCACAGUGCAACAGUGACGGCUGGUGCAGCUGCAAACCUGGUGUGAUGGGCAAGAAGUGCGACCAGUGCCAGCCAGGCUUUGAGUCCCUCUCUGAGGCCGGGUGCCAGAGGAGUGGCCAGAAUCUGCAGUGCGAGUGUGACCCAGCUGGCAGCACCGGGGGCUGCCUCUCUGGCCGCUGUGUCUGCAAGGCGAGCACUACUGGAGAGCGAUGUGAGAGGUGCAAGCGAAACUUCUAUAACUUGGAUGCCAGAAACCCUGCGGGUUGCUCCCCCUGCUUUUGCUACGGGCACUCAGCUGUGUGCGUCAGCGCGGACGACCACAGCAUCUCCAACAUCACCUCCACCUUCCAGCAAGGUGCCGAAGGCUGGCAAGCUGUCUAUGAAAGUGGCUCCCCAGCCCAGCUCCAGUGGUCCCCGCGCCAUCGGGAUGCCUUCAUAGCAGCGAGGAGAUCAGAACCAAUAUACUUUGUGGCGCCUGCAAAAUUCCUCGGGAACCAGCAGCUGAGCUAUGGCCAGACACUCUCCUUUGAUUACCGCCUGGACCGAGGGGGACGCCAGCCAUCUCCGCACGAUGUGGUCCUGGAAGGAGAUGGCCUGAGAGUCACUGCUCCCUUCUUGCCCCAGGGGAAGGUCCUGCCCUGCGGUGUCAGCCAGACGUACACAUUCAGGUUGGACGAGCACCUGAACAGCAAGUGGAGCCCAAGGCUGAACCACUUCGAAUAUCGCAGGCUGCUGGGAAACCUGACAGCUCUCUGGAUCCGAGCCACCUUUGGGGAGUACAGCACUGGCUACAUUGACAACGUCACCCUGGUGUCGGCGCAGCCUGUUGCCGGAGUCCUGGCUCCCUGGGUGGAGCGUUGUGAGUGCCCGGCAGGGUACCAGGGGCAGUUCUGCGAGAGGUGUGCCCCCGGCUACCGCAGAGAUACCCCUGGAUUGGGGCCCUUCAGCAUCUGUGUGCUUUGCAGUUGCCAGGGGGGAGGAAUUUGUGACCCUGACACUGGUGAAUGCUACUCAGGAGACGAAAAUGUGGGCAAUAGUGUCAGCUGCCCUUUUGGCUUCUACCAAGACCCCUGGCAACCACACAACUGCAGGGCGUGCCCCUGUGGCAAUGGCCAAGGGUGCUCAGUGGUGCUGGGCAGCGAGGAGGUCAUCUGUGAUCACUGUCCUCUUGGAGCUGCCGGAGCUAACUGCGAGUACUGUGCUGACGGCUAUUUCGGAGACCCAGCAGCUUCCCGUCCCUGCCAGCCGUGCCAGUGCAAUGGCAAUGUAGAGCCCAAUGCUGUGGGGAACUGUGACCGCCGGACGGGCGAGUGCCUCAAGUGCAUCUACAACACGGCUGGCUUCUAUUGUGACCGCUGCAAAGACGGCUUCUUCGGGAACCCCUUGGCCCCCAAUCCCACUGACAAGUGCAGAGCCUGUGCUUGUGACUUGGCUGGCGCUGAGCCCCUGAAGUGUGGGAGUGAUGGGAGCUGCAUCUGCAAGCCUGGCUUCGAGGGUCCUAGCUGCGAAGAGAGUGAGUGCCCAACUUGCUACAGCCAGGUGAAAGCCCAGGUGGACCUGUACCUGCAGCAGCUGCUGGAGCUAGAGCGGCUGUUCUCAGAGGUGCAAGCUGGCGGUGGGGCUGAGAGCCAGGAGCUGGAGGAGAGGAUGCAGCUGGCUGAGGAGAUGCUACGGACCAUCCUGGGAGAAGCCCUGAGCCUGCAAGCCUCUGACAGGUCUCUGGAAAACCGUGUGGCCAGGAUGAAAGGGCAGGGGUCCAGCUCCCAGGCCCGCUUGGACGAGAUCAAGGCAACGGUGGAGAGGUUGAGGUCUCUUGGGAGCCAGUAUGAGAGGCAGGUGCAGGACACCCAGCAGCUACUGGAGAGAGCCAGGCUGGACCUGGACCGCAGCGGAGCUGCUCUGCAUCGGGUGACCAUUCCUAUUUCAAACCUUCCUGGAGGCUCGAAUCAGUUCUUGAUGCUGGCCCAGGAGGCUCUGAGACUGGCUAACAGCAUUGCUGAAUACAACAGCAAAGGAGUUGGUGGAGAAAACUCGGGGGCCGCUGCCUCUGGCUCCCUGCUCGGGCUGAUCAGGAAAUAUAAGGAACUGAAGUCACUGGCUGGAAGCUUGGAGACUGAGGCUGAUGGCAUGUCCUCCAAGGCAGACAAGGCUUAUCAGGGCAGCCUGGUUCUCCUCAACUCCCUGUCCCGCCUGAUGAAGACUGACAUCGAGUCCUUUGAGGGGGAGGCAACCCGGCUGAAACAGGAUGCCAGUGCUCUCCUGAGCCUGGUGGACACCUACAUGGCACAGUACAGACAGCUGCAGAGCCACACGGGGCGCUGGGAGGAAGAAAUCAAGAAGCUGCUGCAAAGGGGAGAGGGAGAGAGAGCGACACUGAUGCAGCUUCUGUCCCGUGCCAACCUUGCCAAGAGCACAGCCCUGCAAGCCGUGAGUGCUGGCAACACCACCUUCUAUGAGGUGGAACAGAUCCUGAAAAGCCUCCGGGAGUUUAACCUGCAAGCAGAUGACAAGAGAAGGGAAGCCGAAGAUGCUAUGAGGAAGCUACCAAUUAUCAGCAGCAUGGUUGCAAGUGCCAGGGAGAAGACGGACCAAGCUGAAGCAAUCCUGGGCAAAGCCACUUCAGAAUCCAAGGCUGCCAGCAGCGCAGCAGGGGAAGCAAAGGAGAUCACCAUGGGGAUCCAGCAGGAGAUUGCGCAGCUGAAGGUGGAAGCCAACAAGACGGCUGAUGGCGUCCUUGCUCUGGAGAAGGCAGUGGCCACCCUGCAGCGUGAGGCCAAGGAAGUGGAUGGCAAAUUUGAAAGGAAGAUCUUGGAGGUUGAGGCAGAUGCUGCUGUGAUACAGGAGACAGCUCAGGAAGCGCAGACAGUCCACGCCAAGGCUGGCCGGGCAGGAGUGGUUGUGCAGGAGACAUUGAGUGCCCUGGAAGAGCUGCUGCGUCUGAUGAACCAACCUGGUGCUGUGGACGAGGAUGGCCUGAAGCAGCUCGAGAUGAAUUUUAGCAAAGCCAAAACCAGAAGCAACCAGCUGAAGGAUGAGAUGUCAGAGCUGGAGCAAACAGCUGCGCUGCAGAAGGCCCGGGUGCGGACACUGGAAAGCAGCAUUGAUGAGAUCCUGGUGGAUAUUAAAAACCUGGAGGAUAUACAGAAGAGUCUUCCUCCAGGCUGUUACAACACAAAAGCCAUUGAAUUGCCGUGA